CAUCCUCAAGUUAGACCAGCAAUCAUGUCGCUGGAGAAGCUGAGCAACGACGCUCAGCGCUAUGUCGACACAGCUCGGCGAUUUAUCUUAGCUCACCUCCCUGAAGACCGGAACACACGCUUGGUCCUGGCUGGCGGCUCGCUUUCAGUAGCCGGCGUCGUUCUCUACCCACUGGUGCAUUAUGCUGUCCUUGGUCGACAGGUCACUCACACAUACCCCAAUGCCUCUUCACGAUAUGCAUCGUUGGAGUGCAGUGAGCUCUCCUCGCUGCCAAAAGACCUUGUGGAAACCCCAAAGCAUUAUCGUAUUGUGCACGAUAAGGUGACGAAGCCGCUCCCAGAGCUCACACUCGGGCUCAGUGAGGACUCCAGGGCAGACUUCACCAAAAUGAUACGCUACAACAUGGAGCUCUUCACCAGAACGCCACAAGGCUGGAUUGGGUGGUUUGCCCUGAAGGACCUCCGGCACACCUUCACAAAAGAGCAUAUUGAAAGCCUCGACUUCGUGGAAGGGGAUCUGGUCAACGGACUCUAUCAAGUGGUGAACCGAACGGCAGUCCGCGUUGAGUUCACCGUCAAUCCUCCGCCAAACUUCAACCCAGGUAUUGAAGGUCGCCUAAUCAUUCAGCUCCGUCCCCGAAAUCAAGGCGCAGUGCUCCAGAUAGAAACCAUCCAAUGGUCGCACCACGACAAGAGGCUCACUCAUCUACCACUGGAGUCGAGAUUCCUCAAAUUCGUCCAUGAGUGGGUUGAGAGGUGGAUUGCGAUUAAAGGUGCUAAUUAUCUGUUGAGCAUUAGCAAGUAGGAGCUACCAGACCUGGUGUAGCGUAGCAAAGCGCUCUCAAGUUUGUACAAUGCACAGGGCGGAACAGGACUUCAGGCAUUGCAAUAAAUGAGCGGAGGCAUGAUAUUAUCUUGCUAUAUUUCUCACUUCCGGCUUUCGGCCUUACUUGAUAUUCGAAGGCGUUAAGAUUAACUUUUGUUCAUCCACUGCCUGCUCGGUUGCACCGCUGGGUGAGUAUGCGGUCGAUCGAUGAGGCCAGAUGGUAGUCUGCGAUCCGUUCAGCGAAAAAAUGCGACUUGAGAAGAGGGAUGUCGAGACAUGUGGAACCGAGCCAUUCAUCAGG